AAAUAUCUAAAUAAUAACUAAUAACUCUUCGCCAUUUUAUCGUGAGUGUCCGCCAUUAACACGAGUAAAUAUUUGCUGAUAAACUUUCUUUGAUAUUUUAUUGAAGAUCACUAAGACCACACUCAAUCAUAUUUUAUUUGGAUCCAUGGUGAACUUUAUUUGGAUUAUAUUUCGCUGUGCGAUGUUAGCUGAGUAACGCGCUCAACUGAAUAAAGACUCCGGAAGUGACAUUUUGGAUUUUAAAAUAAAUUUAAAAUAGAAUAGAUUUCUAUGUUCAUUGAACCAUAACAAUAAUUCAAAUGAGAACGACACCCUGUUAUCACAUCAGCCAUUCGAUUAACUAGAACAAUUCGUUCAUCACUUGUUGCAAUUUAACACAACUCAAUGUGCUUAAAUUGACGUCAUCCAAGUUAUUAUCAUGAUAAAUUGUGACACCAUUUAAAUGCAGACGUUAAUUUGCAGCUCAUAAAAUUAAGUACUACACACAUGCAUUAGAUGUUUAUAUUAAUAUAAGAGCAUAAAUGGUGCAGUGAACUAUGUAAAAUUUUUUUUUUGUUUAUUUUCUUUUAUUUAAACUUUAUGUGCUUUUAACUUUGUGCUUUGAAUACAUAAACUCGCAGUGUAUGAGCAUUAGUGGUAAAAAACUCUGACGAGAAAUAGAAAGACAAACGAUGCAGUAAAUAAGAGCAGAGGCAUUAGAAAGCCUUCCGUACAACUAGUACAUUUUUCAAAUGAUGCUAGUGCUUUUUUUGUGCGUAAUUAUGAAGAUUGCUGAGUUAUCCGUUGGGCGUGUGAGCCCGACUCUUUCAAGACAUUCGCCGCCUUAUUAUAUCCAUAAUUUCAAUAAUUUCAAUACUUACAACGAUAAUAACAAUAAUAAGCGCAAAAUUCGGAAAUGGAUUAAUGUCAAUAAUAAGUAUCAGUGCAACAAAAACAACAAAAAACGCGCUGGUAAGAGAGCUACAAUGAUGGAAGAUCCACAGACUCCCGGUUCGGAUUGUAAUUCCAAUCCAGCAGAUCCUAUUUCUCAGGAUCUCAUAAGCUCGGAAUUUAUUCAAGAUAACUCGGACUAUCAGUGGUUUAUAGAUUAUGGUUAUCGAGAUGGAGGAUUACACGUCCAUCCAAGUGUACUUUCAUCACUUUCUACUUCUUACACUCAAGAGGACUUGGGUUACUACGACGACUUGGCAAGAAAUCUGGAUGCCAAUCUUGCUGAAGUUGAUAUGGAGAGUUUCCGAACCGCAGAUAUACAUACUCUGCUUACAGCUUUACCUGUUAUGUGUACCGAUCCUAUUCAACAGUCAGAGUUUAACUAUCAAAGGGAACGUUAUGCCAGUAUAUCUGGCUCAGUGAUGGAAAAAAUCGACAUUGGUUCGUCAAUCAGUCCUCAUACUAGCAGUCAGGGCGAAGACUCAGCCUGUUCAACCGCGGAUACAAUUUCUAUUUGCAAGUCAUCGCUGCUUUUUUCACCAGUUAAAGAAACUCCAGUUCUGCCACCGGGUGGUAGCUACAGCGUUGACUCGCUGGACUGCGAAGACAUGUUAUUGACGUGUCAAGCUAAUAACAAGAACAAUUACACAAUCGCUUUUGAAGGCAGCAUGACGAUGUAUUCCGAUGGCUCUCAAGUGGAUUUUGAGAGUCAAGAUAAACAUAAAGCGUAUGAAGUACGAGAAAAUUAUUACAACCCAAGCAAAAUGGACUUGAAAAACAUGUUGGACUACUCAAUGGCUUGUUCGGAUUCCAAAAUAUACACAACUUGGAGUAACUUAAAACACUUAUCAGCGACCAAAGUUAUGAAGCGACACGGGUCUGGUAACAAUAACACCACCCUAAAUUUUCUUCAAGGAACACCAAUACCCGCGACUGUAAUGUUAAAUUCCACCAAAAGGAGCUUGAGUUUACCUGACUUGAGAAAAACGCGUGACUUUGACCAAAUAAACAUCCCGUUGAAUUUUUCAAUGGACUCUGCAGAGUCGCAUCACCAGCACUCCCACAGCUCUGGCUCCGCGAUGAGCAGGUCCGUAAAUGAGAGCUCAAACAGCAACACCAGUGGGAAGAAAAUCCAAAAUAUGAGCCUGGUUAAAUUAUUUAUGAAGCAAAAAAGCAUGAGCGCUGAAGGUAUGAGCUUGACUUUGGAUCAAUCAGACUCUGCUAGUGACAAUGGUUGGCCUACAAGCAACAGCAGCAGCGCAAGUAGAAACACAAACACACAGAUUCAAAGAAUUCAUAAUAAUAUUAAUGAAAAUUGUAAAAAUAACAUUCCGGAGAAUGAUUUUUCUAUAAACUGGGUUAAAACUGACUGCUAUAAUAAAAGUUCUGGAACUAACGACAGUUCCAGCAAUACUUCUAAACGUGUGCCAUCUAUUAAAGAAUUCAAGCAAGAAUCACCUUCAGUAGAAGAAUUAUCCGAGAGUAUUUUAAAAUCAGAAAUUAAUGAUAAAAUAAUCCCGGACUUGCAAUUAAGAGACAGUGAAUUUGUGAAGAACAUUAAAAUAGCCUGGAGCAAACCCGAGCAAGAGUCAAUACCAAUUUCCAAGACCACAGGGAUUCAAACAAUAAGAGAAGUUGAAGACAAUGGAGUCCAGACAUCUCUCCUGUACACUUUACCUUCUAAAAAUGACUACUACCCCCAUUUACGCGAGACAUUUGUCGACAAAAAGCCCGUGUAUGUAGUCUACCCUAAUUACGUGUUACCUGACCUGUCAUUCUUAAACAACAAGGAGGUAAAAAUAGACAACGUGGCGCUAAAGCCUCAAGAGCGAUUAAGCUGGAAGAAAGCUGGGCGUAACAGCAGACCGUUUUCUUGCAAUGACAUUGAGUCUCUGAAGCAGCGUGGGUUCUCUCACGUCAAAGAUUGGGAAUCGUUGACAUUUUUACUCCCCACAGAGUAUCGCAAAGUUCUACACGACGUCCCCGAGGUACCGAGUCACAUAAAACUGGGUGAGGAAACUAAAAAACCCCUGUUUUGUUUGUCACCUCCGAUGCGACAAAAGGGAAGAUCUGUGGAAGUGCCUACUAAUGUGUCUUCUAGUAGCAGCACUGGAACCCAGCCUUCUUCAGGCUACCGCGGGUCUUCGACAAUACUUACUGACUCCUCGACGAACCAACAGACCAGUACCAAUCCUCUUUAUCUUUAUCGGUAUGAUAGCGGUAGCUCAGAAAAUAGUUUGAUCAGCCAGGACAAAAAAUCUCACCAAGCAAGAACUUUAACUGGUCACAAGUUAGCUGGCUUUCCAAAAAGAUCUAUUUCUCUUCCGCAUGGAGAGAAAGAAAAUGUUGGAGAGUUUGUUGGUAAAGUCCCGCCUCGGCCUCCUUUGCCGAGGAGUAUUCUAAGGAAAAAUAGAUCAGGUAAUAAGAGGUACAGUAUGUUUGAAAUGGGAGGCGUUGAGGAGGUUGAAGAUCAAUUAAAAGCUGACAAUGAACCGAAUAAACGGAUGUCUUUGCAAGAGCCGUAUUAUAUUAACAAUGAUUUGCAAUUGUUGAGACACGGGAGGAUUAUUGACUCUGAUAAGGACGUUGAUGAAGUUGAAGAGAAGCGAUACGCUGAGCGUAUGCGAGAAGUCGGUAAUUACGGAGUCCCGGAGGCUACAAUUGAUCUUGAGUCGAGUGGUGAUGAUGUUAAGCAGCUAGAAGAGUUUUUAAAGCGCAGCGGAUUUAGUUCCAGCAGCGACGACGGUGAAGAUCCUGAUGUUAAAUUGAGAUCUUAUGUCAGAAAAUUCUUGGCGUUGAAAAUGAACAAAGAUAUUGUCAGAGCUGAGAUGCUGGAGUCUCAGAAAAAAACUGUCAGCUUUGCGGUGAACGGGGCAUAUUUGGAUGAUAAAAAAAUUCAUUUGGAAGAGAAACAAUUGAUGGUUAAUUCAGUCAGCAAAGCUGUGGAUUUAUUGAUCAAGUUCUGGAAUUCUAGGUCGGGAGAUUAUAAUGAUAAAAUUGAAUGCUCGCAAAUUUGUCUUAGUAAUUUGUGUCCAGCUUUGUAUGCAAUAAUGUCUGAUGGUUUGAAGCCGCAGUUGAAUUCGACAUUCGGGCCUAUUGCUAACAGUGUUUGGCAAGUGGUUGAAGCUUCAUCGCAGCAAGGCCCGCUGACACAUACGCUCAAUGAACUUGUUCAGAAGAUAAAUAGUGAGGAUUUUAUGACUGAAGGACUUCUUAAGUUUCACGCUUUUGUGUUUGGACUGCUUAAUUUAAGAGCGCUAGAUGCGUGGUUUGCGUACUUGUGCACUCGUGAGACGAUAUUACGCAAGCAUUAUAAUAGCGGGAGUUUAUUUAUUGCUGCGCUAGGUUGUGCCAAUUCACGGAAAUUAAUAGACACUUUUUUGAGUAUGUUAGACCCUCUUGCGUUGUGUCCAUUCCAAUUAGACCUUUUGUACCAGUACCGGCAAUUGCACAAUAGUUUUAGUCAUGUUAACAGUCUCAGGGCGAAUGAUAGCACUGGUGAUAAAAAACAAAAUGUCAUUCCGAGUCCUAAAAAAGCGCGACCACGCUCUUGUGGGUUUGAGAAUGUCAAAAAUGAUAAUACAGAUAUUAAAAAGCGGUGGAGUAAUUUAGCGAUUGGCUCCAAGAUGUUUCCUGUGCUUGAUAAGCUCACGUGUGAUGAUUCUGAGGACUACACUGAUAGCUUGGAGCACUCGCCGUUGAAUAGAAAUAGGAAGAACUUGCCCAGGUCGAGUUUUGAUGUAAGAACUGCUGGUGAAGCUGAUGAAGAUGAUGAUGAUGAAGAUAAUGCAGGUGGACUGAAGUUCAGAAGGCUCCAGGAAAAAUGGGAGCUCAUGGGUGGCAAUGAUAGAGAAGCCACCUCGCCGUCUUCUCCGUUGAAAACUCCCACUAGUGUUACUAAGUCUAAAAUUCCGCGGCUGCUUACUUCGCCGAUCAAACAGCCGGUGGGUAAUAUUGCGGGGGUGAAGAGUAAAAUUCCGGCUACUGGGAUUCCAGUUAAGAAAUCUGUUCCGAGUACUAGUAAGGUGAUGAUGAUGCCCAAAAAAGCAGACUUGAAAUUAAAGGAAGUGCCCAGGCGCACUAGUCGCGUUGAUCAGGAGAGUAAUAGCACUCCGAGAAGUCAUCUAACAAGGCCAAGUUCGUUGCCUUAUAAAACUCAUGCGCUUACUGCGAAGGAAAAAAAUUUGAUUUCACCGCAGAGACGUGCGGUUUCUACUUCUCUGCCAAGACCAAAUACUCCGGCUGCUUCGAAAGCUAAUACCCAAUUAAAGCGACCGCCCAAAGAAGUACGGACACUUACUCAUCGACUUCCGUCAGACAAUGGUCACUUAUCUUUUAACGAAGGCGACAGACUGAAAGUUAUCUUGGAGGUAGAUAGCAAAUGGUUAUUAUGCGCUAAGGGCGAUCGCAAGGGCUUAGUACCCAGAGCUUGCGUGCACGUUUGUCAAACUUAGCCCAAGACUUUAUACUGAUAAUCAUCAACCGCAUGGAAAUUCAAAACUCACGUGUUAGGUAUCCAAAAAAAUUAAUUGUGUGUGCUAAAGUCACGGGUGGCAAUAAUAACUUGGAUUCGUGUCAUUACAUUCGUGUCAUAUUAAAAAAAAAAAAAAAUAAAAUUCAUGACAAAGUUAGAUUAAUGUACAGUGUAUCAAAUGAAGAACAAAGAUGAAAAAGUAAUCCAUAAAGUUUGUCUUAAUUAUAUUUAUAUUUAAUAUUAUAAUUAUAGGCAAAGAUUAAUUUUUAUUUUAUUGGUUAAUAAUUAAUGAUUUUAUUUUUUUUUUUUUUUUUUGAGUUUAUUGUAGUAUUUUAUUAAUAAUUAAUAAUUAAUAAUUAUUUUAAGAUAAUUAAUCGAUGAAAAAUAAAAAAAAUAUAACUAGUCAUUUUCUCGAUACCAGAUUGUAUUUAAUUUAAUUAUCUAAAGAGAACUCCGUUGUACAUAUAUACAGUGUAACGUUAAUUGAGUAGUAAUAACAUUAUUAUUAUUAUUAUCAUUAAUUAUUAUUAUAAUUAUAACUGUGAUCAUAGAUAAAAUAGGCAAAUAAGUUUAUCAGUUUGUUUCAUUUUAUAAUUUUUGUUAAAUCCAAUUAAAAAAUAUUAUUUAGAUAAUGCUUAAUUUAAUACGCAAAUACAUUAUUUAAUAAUGAUAAUUUUUAUUGUUUAAAUUCAGCUAAAUGUCACAAAUGUGUAAAUUAUAUCAAUGUCAUUGUGCGGUAUAUUUAAAAUAAUCUUUUUUUACUUGCUUAUUGCUUAUUAUAUCUUGCGUAUUUACCUGCAUAUCGACUUAAGUUUUAAUCAAAGAGUAAUUGUAAUAGUACUCUAGUAAUAAUAGUUGUACUAUUUUAAAUACUCACUGUACAGAUACAAGUGACUUAUCAUUAUGCAAUAAUGCUCGACUUUAGAUACUUAGUCAUAUAUUUAAGUAAUAAUUAUAAAGAAAA